UCACAUACAGUACAGUUAACGUGUCCAACUACAGAAAUUAUCAUUUCAGCAACAAAAGCAAAAACAAAGCAUUAUAUUAAUUAUUUAUAUUGUUUGUGUUGUGAAGUUUUUUUUUUACAAAUUAUGACGAAAAUUAAGUUUACUACUGAGGACGAGGAGAAAAUAAUAGAUUUCGUAAGAAGUCACGAAAUUCUUUAUAAUAAGCGCCAUAAAGAAUUCCGUGAUAGUGAGAAGAAACAACGUUUGUGGCUUGAAAUAGCAGAGCAGCUCGAUAUAAAAGCUGAAGCCGUUAAGGGAAAAUGGACCACCAUGCGAGAUUACUUUAUGCGCACCAAAGAUAAGCGAGGCAAUGGCUCGGUAGCGCCACUUACUAAACGUGACGAAUCACUUAUGUUCUUAAUGGACACUUCCCUGCGGAAGAAAUCUUGCAUGAAAGCAAACACCAGACCUUCAAAGCAGCACACUGACAGCGCUAAGGUAUGCAACGCCGUAUUAACAACGAAAAAGGAACGCACGCCAGCAGCGCCACCCGUAGAAUCGUCACGACGUGCAGGAAAACGCAACAGUGCCUUUGCCGAAAUCCAGCAAACUACACCACCAGAAUUAAUUAGCAAAAAACGUGCAACUUUGGUGGAACCUUUACCGCCUAAGCCCUCGAAAGUGCCAAAAUUAACGCAGAAUAACAGUUUGCAAAUCUUUUUCGAAUCUAUUGCCAGCACUAUGCGCACAUUCCCGCCAUUGUCGAUUGCGAAAAUAAAAUUGCAAAUCUCACAACUAGUGGGCAAUGAGGAAAUCGCUUUGGCUGAGCGAAACGCAAAUACUGAGGUGUUCUAUCUGACAAAAAAUCAAAUAGUCUAUGAAAGUGAGAGGGAAAGCGAAGUUGAUUAUGGUUCCAGCAAUGAAUCGGCUGCUUAAAUACUGAGUUGUAUGUACAUAUCGAAAGCAGAAUCUGUUGCUGUUAUGACUGAAUACUAUACUGACCUGUUGCUCGGAAAAAGUCGCUGGCGUAACAUAUUUCCAUAUGUAAAUAUAUACUAUAUGUUUUGCUGUUUAAAAUAUAUUCCAAGUUUUAUUUCUUAAAUA